AUGCCGUUGUUCUACAGAGUGACCGUUAAGACUUUUGUGACUGUUGCCUGUGGAUUUUUAAUUCCCUACCUGAUUAUGUUGGUGGUUGAAGGAUUACCUUUGUUUUACCUUGAACUGGCUAUUGGACAACAUAUGCGCCAGGGGAGCAUUGGAGCAUGGAGUGCCAUUAACCCUUACUUGGGGGGAGUGGGUAUAGCAAGUGUGGUUGUGUCCAUCUUUCUUACUAUCUACUACAAUGUAAUUAACGCCUGGUCCUUUUGGUACAUUUUUCAUUCAUUUCAGGGUACCCUGCCCUGGGUGGAGUGUCCUCUCAGCAGUAACCUCACCACCUACGUUCCAGAGUGCGAGAAGAGCUCUUCAACUGAUUACUUCUGGUACAGGGAGACCUUAAACAUCAGCUCCUCCAUCGAGGAUCACGGGGGCAUUCAGAUGGGGCAGGCCCUGUGUCUGGUCCUGUCCUGGAUGGUAGUGUAUCUUUGUGUGCUCAGAGGAACUGAAGCCACUGGAAAGGUGGUGUAUUUCACAGCAACAUUUCCAUACUUAGUAAUGAUCAUCUAUUUGAUCAGGGGUGCUACUCUGCAUGGCGCUCUGAAUGGGUUGAAGUACAUGUUCACACCCAAGCUUUCUGAUCUUGCAGACCCUAAAGCCUGGAUCGACGCAGCCACUCAGAUCUUGUUCUCGUUGGGUCUGGGGUGCGGGAGUCUCAUAGCCUUCGCCAGCUACAACCACCACAACAACAAUUUCGAGAAACAAGCCAUUGUGGUGUCACUGAUCAACAGCGGGACUUCCAUAUUCGCCAGCCUGGUCACCUUCUCUAUCUAUGGAUUUAAAGCAACAUUCAAUUAUGAGAGCUGCUUAGAUAGGAUGCAGUUGCUGCUAAUAAACACCUUUGAUUUGACAGAGGACUCCAUAAAAACAGAUCAUCUGGAUGACUGGAUUUCACACUUAAACGCAAGCUUCCCAGAUAAGUUUGCCACAAUAUCUUCCCAAAUCGAAGGUUGUGACUUGAAGUCAGAGCUAGACACGGCUGUUGAAGGGACCGGCCUGGCGUUCAUCGUGUACAGUGAAGCCAUUAAGAACAUGGGGCUGUCCCAGCUGUGGUCGGUGCUGUACUUCUCCAUGCUGUUGAUGCUGGGGAUAGGGAGCAUGCUGGGGAAUGUAGCUGCCAUCAUUACCCCGCUCCGGGACUCCGCUUUCCUCACCAGGCAUUUCCAAAAGGAAACAUUAACAGGGAUGAUUUGCCUGUUCUGUUGUCUGGUUGGCCUCUCUUUCACUACCAGAUCAGGAAACUACUGGUUUUCCAUUUUUAACGACUAUGCUGCUACAUUUUCUCUGCUCUUCAUAGUCCUCAUUGAAAUCAUAACCGUCUGUUACGUCUAUGGACUGAAAAAGUUUGAAAAAGACAUUGAGCUGAUGAUCGGACAUCGACCACACUGGUACUGGAAAAUCACCUGGUCUGUCAUAAGCCCAUUUCUAAUUAUAGGGCUAUUCAUAUUUUUUAUAGCAGAUUACAUCAUGAACGGAACACCAACGUACCAAGCAUGGGACUCAGACCUGGGUAAAACGGUAACAAAGGAAUACCCCCCCUUCGCCCAGGUGGUCAUUGGGCUUCUUCUGGUGACCUCCAUGAUAUGUGUUCCUUUGGUGGCUCUCAUCACUUUCAUCAAAAAAAAGAAGGAACAGGCAAAGGAAAGCAAGAGAAGCACCAAAGUUUGUUAAGAGACCCACUUCUUGUUUUCUCCUAUAGUCAGUUAUACAGAAUCAACAAUUUCCGUAAUACUGUACCAUCUUUCAGACCUACCUUUCAAGCCCAUUGAUUUUGGAUUUUUUUUCCUUCCACCCCAACAGCAAUUUAUUUUCCAAACAGCAGUCUUUUUUAAGGCUGCUGUACACUGUAAGUGUUUUUUCUUUCUUUCUCCAAAGUCUGUUUGGUUAAUGAAGUUUGGUAUUCAUUAAACUUUGCAGGCUCUUUUUAAAGAAUCGACGAACAAUCAAAAAAAGUUCUGUGCAUUCAAAUCUUUAUUUCAACAAACUUUAAUGCUUUUUUUUUUUUUUUUAUAAAACACAUAUUCCCCUUGAGUGAAUAUGAUUCAGUCAUUAUAUAAUAAUCUUCACAAGCACUCUGUUCUCUCAAAAAUAGAGGUUUUCACUGUGCAUCGCUUUCUGUGUUUUCAAAACUAUUGACGAAUGGUUACUGGUGCUACAGUAUUUCAUGAUCAAAAUACAUCAUUUUGGGGGUCUGUUUAAAAUAUCAAUUGUUUUUCAGGUGCUGAGUUUAACAAAUAAAUUAUAAAAUGGUAAGGUGUCACUGGCAGAGCACUCAUUGAUCCCAACUAAUGUUAUGAGCCUUAAACUGUAAGGAGCUUUGAACAUUUUUCUAAGGUGUCUUUUUAAACUAUUGUUGAAUAUUUUACUGAUGAAAUGUAUAGAACUGAGGUUAUGAACUGUGGCAGAGCAAAGCUCUGCCCUUUUUAAAUUGGCAGGGAUGGGGUUAAUUUCCCCUACCUGC